AGACGGCACAAUCUCUGUUGUAAAAGAUCAGCUAUACCUUUCCUCCAGGGUCUGACCAAGUUCCCUCUCCACAGCUGGGUCAGCCUUACUUCAAAGGGAGGAGGACUUUGCUGCCCACACGUAGGUCUCUGGGGACAGAUGGAGGCUGUGGGUUACUCGCUAUGCAGGAUGUGGGUGCUUUUCUUGCUGUUCUGGCUGGGACGAGGGAGGCAGAUGGCUCCUCCAGGUUUUGUAGAGAGCAGUUGCCACUCCAGGAUUUUUUGGAUGAAACUGAAUAAACUCUUGCUCCAGGGAAAGUUCUUCCAGCUGGAAAUCAAUGAUCCUUAUGCUGGUCCCAUUCUGCUGGAUGAGAAACUAGCAUCACGCUGUGGCUACAUCCUGUCAGAAGACGUGUGGGGCAACCCCGUCUUCCGUGCAUCGGUGCUUGGCUGUCACGUGGCCAACGAGGCAGAUGAGCUGUUCUCACUGAUUGUGAACAUCAAGGUCUCCUCAUUUUCAAGCAUGAGGGCAGCUGUGACCUAUACCUACCCUAUGUACUGCUCCUACUCUUCCUGGGCUUCAAGAGAAAUUGUGUGUGAAGAAAACUACAUGGAGGUGUCAGUGAAGACCGAUGUCCCCGCAGUUUCGAAUGACUACACCGUAGCGUGGAUGUCAGCUCUGCCAGAGACUCAAAAUGUUGCAUACCAACUAUGGCAACUGAUGUUUGUUUCUCCAUCAGGGAGAAAGACAAUAACGGUAAGCGAUGCAGCAAAACUGGGCUACAGCUUCAAUAAUACGCUGUCCCGAGUGUACCUCCGCGCGCCCUAUCACAGCAACGAGUCUGACGUCAGCAUGGUCAGUGGCGUAAAUAUGAACAUGGUGACUUCCACUUCUAUGUACAGGCAGCGGUGGCUGCUUUUGCUGAUUGACACGACAGUCUCCUGUCCUGUUGAUGGCAUCAGUUUCACUGAUACUACGCUAACAUGGACUGUGCCAAGUGUUAUCCCCACAUUAGUGGUUCAAGAAUCCACCUUUCUGUCUAAAACCAUUUUAAUGGGAGUCGAUGGCCGAGUCAUAGUAAACCCAGAGGAGAAGAACUACUUACUGGAGCACAACCACACACACAUCGGAGUAACUAUCCCUAUUGGAGGAGAAGGAGGCAAGCUAAAGAGUUCCAUAUCUGGUGGUGUAUAUGGAGUCAUUUACAGUAUCGACUUAUUCUUGGAGCACACGUGGACAGAUGCAGAUUGGCAAACCACAAAGUAUACUGUCAUCAAAUCCAUCACCACACCUUUCAUGCCACAAGUACCAACUGUUAUUAACAAUACUCUGCCAGAGGAAAGGCUAUUUAAUGUUGCAUUUGGACACUUUCUUCCUGAUGUCUCUCUGGUGGCAAUCACAAUAGGAAAUGUGCCAUUUACCCUGAGAGAAGCACAGCACCAUAGAUUUAAGAUUUAUGAAACUCCCUUUUCUAAUAGAACAAAAGGAUUUAUCCUGGAAGUCUCUUUUGAUGAUCCAUAUGUUCUAAAGGAGUAUGUGAAUAGAAAUGAAACAAAAUAUACCCUCCUCAUUAACUACACUAUAAGCGUGGGUCCAGAGAUGACACUCUAUUAUCAUUCUGCAGAGGUGGAGUGUGUGAUUGCUGAUAUCGAACUACCAGAAGCAGUUGGCUCCUGUGACGAAGAAAACCUGUAUCUAGCCAUCCCUACUUUUGGCUUGCACCAGUAUUGGAACCUGUAUCUUGGUAACAAGCUUCUGAACCGGCACGUUGCGGUUACCAAUGGGUAUCUUCCAGCUACCAAUUCUACACACCUGAUCUUGCAAAUACCUCUGUUUGCUGUGGGAGUUACCUAUGAGGUACACGAACUCUAUAGCAAUGCCUUCUUUAAAGCACUAUGCCAUCCAGAUGGUACUAUAAUGGUAUCUGCCCAAAUGAAGACAGUUCCUGCCAUUGAUAUGAGUAAAACCAAACUAAGGGAUAGAUCUUGCAAGCCUAGAGAGUAUAAUGAAGGACAUGCUUUCUUCAAGUUCCAUGUCACUACCUGUGGCACUUCAGUAAAGUUUGAAGGUGAUCACAUUAUUUAUGAAAAUGAAAUCUCUUAUGAGAAAGAGACUCUUCCGGGACAGAGCAUAGCGACAAUCACAAGAGAUCCAGACUACAGACUAACAGUCUUGUGCUACUAUCGAGCAAAAGAGACCCUAGUGCUUGGUGCCUUCGCUAGCAAUCCAUCCACAUCACCUCCCUUCGGCUCAGGAACAAUGGUACCAAGAUCAAAUAUUGCAGUAUACAGAAGGAUAAGACAAGCCCUGAAUGUAGUUUCAAGGGUGUCCAAAGAUGAAUCUUUUGUGGAAUUCUACGAGCCCAACAUGGCAAUACUCAAGCGACCCAUGGAGCCUGUGUUUCUUGAGGUGGAGCUGAAAGACAAGAGCCCCCAUGCUGAAUUAUACCUGGAAAACUGCUGGGUGACCGGGUCUCCAGACUUCAACAGCACCCCGAGAUGGAACAUCACUGUGGAUGGGCACAAGAUUAACGGCAGUGAGUAUGUUGCUGAGUUCUGUCCAGUAGCUGUUAGCCCCAGGGUGUACGUGCACUGUUUGGUGGCAGCCUGCUCUCCUACCAACGUACUACCUGGCAGCCCCUGCAGAGGACAGCGCAGCUCAAACAGGGAGAGGAAGG